AUGCCAGGUCAAAACCGAGUUCCGUAUAUGCCAGAUAUGAACCUUGGCCAAGGUUUCAAUUCCUACCUCCAGGAAUGCCGCCAGUCUGAUGUAGUAAAUAUCAAGACCACGUCCGGUCCGGUGCCGCAGUUGGAAAUUUUUUAUGAUUCUGAAGAAAUCAGCACUUACGAAAAGCUUGUGGAAACUCUUGAUAUCAGUGCUGGUGCCGGCCUCUCCCACGGGCAACAAGACGGCCAUAUUGACACAGAGUAUCUUGAUAAGACAGAGACUUUAAUCAGGAUCAAAGGUGUCUUCAAGGUAUAUCAGGCCAAUGUGCCCGUUUCGGCAGAAAUUGGGAAAACCAUGCAGCAGAUUGCAAAUCGCUGCCAGAUCAUAACUAAGUUGCACUAUAUCGGAGCUUCUCCAGAGCAACAGGAAAAUAGCGAGGUGGAAAAUGAUGAAUAUCGUCUCAAAUGGCUGAACGAAGUGGCGGACAAUUUUUAUAAAAAGUCCCAGAAACAUGAGUACAAGAGAUUUGCACUUCUUGGUAAAUAUACCACUUUCGAUAUACCCAAGGAGUUCAAACCAUUCGAUUACGAAUACGCAAUGAAGGCGAGCUGGGGGGUGUUCAAUGCCUUUGCAGAGUAUCUUGCUAUUGAAGACUUGAUCAAACAUGCUAUAACAAUGCUACACUAA